CCAUGCCAGGAAAACGCGUUAAGGCGUCAUCAAAGAAGAGAUCCGAUGCGUCCCGGAAGGCUGCGCAGGCCACUUCUACGGCAGCCACUUCUACGGCAGCCACGUCGGUCCUGGAGACCACGGCCAUGUCCAAUAUGGGGGACACUGCGGUUUCAAAGGUGACCUCGACAGCGACGUCAAACGUAACAUCGAAGGCACCCUCGACAGCAACGUCGAACAUUACAUCAAAGGUACCCUCAAAGGUUUCAUCCAAGGAAUCUACACGGGUGUCGCCGUCGGAGGCGGCGCCCAAGGCGUCGUCUGCGUCCGAGGUGCCACCUGCGGAACCGGAAGCAGCGUCAACCGGAUACGCGGCCAUGGAGGCAUUGCGCAACCUGAAGGCGAUCGCGAGAGGCGGCACCCCGGCCUCCUACGUGGACACCGGCGGCGCGCGAGGCCACCACGCCAGAGCCAUGGUGACGGCCUGCCUGUGCUCGUGCGCGGCCGGCGCCACUCUGGGCUUCGCCUCGGCGGCCAUGCCUUCCAUCGAACACGAGCCGUGGUACCAUUUGGAGCAGGCGCCGCCCGAGAACAGAUGGGUCGCCAACAUUCUCUCGUUCGGGGCCGCCAUCGGGGCGCUGCUGUCGGGGUUGCCGUUGUGGUCGCUGGGCAGCCGGAGGACGCUUGUGCUCUGCGCCCUGGUAAUGGCUCUCUCGUGGGUCGUGCUUGCCACGUCUUUCGAUGCCAUCACGCUCCUGAUAGCGAGGGCUGCGUGUGGAAUGUGGUUGGGCGUCACCAACAUCGGCGUCAGCCUGUACGUGGCCGAGGUGGCACCAACAGAAAAGAGGGCCUUCUACACGGGUCUCGCCGAGUUGCUCUACACACACUCUUCACGAUGCCAGGUCGCCACGAGCGUUGGUAUCAUGGCCAGCUACACCCUGAGCGGCCUCUCGUGGCGGUUGCAAGCGGCGAUCUGGACCCUGGUGCAAUUACCGCCACUUCUGGGUUCACUGCGAUACCUGGUCGAGAGCCCCCGCUGGCUCCUGCUUUGGGGACGUUCGGACGAGGCAGGCGUGGCCGCAGGACAGCUCUACGGGUUCCACAAGCCACCAGAGCUGAGGCCGGGACGGCUUCAAGAUCAAGACACCAAGCCGUCGAGUUCACCCAGAAGUGCCACGUGCACGCAGCUCUUCUUCUUACGAGGCAUCCAGGCCAUGGAACGCCAGGUGAAGGACGUGCCAGCAGCGCUUGCCGCUCUCAUCAUGGCGGCCAUACACGUGUCCUUCGCGGUGUUGUUCACCUCGCUCACACGCCCCACAGGUCGGCGGCAGCUGCUGUGCGUAUCGGCUCUACUCGAGGUCUUCUGCUUCGCCGCCUUUCCACCUUUCGAACAGCUCGCCUUCGGUCAGUGGUCGACGGCAGGGCCUCCCGGCGAGACCAACUGGAACUCCGUGUACUCGCUCAACCUUCUCGUGCUGAGCUAUUCGGUGGGCCUUUGCCACCUGCCACCGCUGCUAACGGCCGAACUCUGUUCGGGACCCCCCUGGCUGCGAUACCUGGGCGCCUCGUCCGUUUGGGCCAUGCGGUGGCUUCUCGCCUUUCUCCUGGUGCAGUUCAACGACCAGUUCCAGACGAUGAUGCGUAUGCGAGACGCACACAUCUAUGCCGCCCUGGUGCUGGCCUUGCUGGCCGGGGCACUGCUCUUCCUGCUGCCCGAGACUGAGGGUCGGACGCUGAUGGCCAUCGAGCGGGAAUAA